AUGAGCAUCACCCAGCCCACCCCCAUCUCCCACACAGGGCAGCUUGGUCCGAUAUCCACCACUCAUCCGACCGCUUCCUCACUCACUGUCACUGAUGUCGCCCAGACUAGCGACAUCACUUCGACUGCCGAAUGCACCAACACCCGUGGCCCCAAGCGCGCCCUUAUUGAUAUCGAGCUCACCGACUCCGGAUGCAAGAAGGCAUCCAAGAAGAAUCCUCUGGUCUAUGAGGGGCACCACUUUGGUCGCACUGUGGAAAUGUUCACCCUCAUCACGAUCAUUAUCAAUGAGGGUGUUGCCUGCGAGCAGGCGGCCGGUGCCGAACUAAUCUAUUCAGAGGAGCAAGCUUAUAUUUUUAUACUGUUGUGA